AUGGCGUGGCCGUGCAUCACGCGGGCCUGCUGCAUAGCCCGCUUCUGGAACCAGUUGGACAAGGCAGACAUCGCCGUGCCGCUGGUUUUCACCAAGUACUCGGAGGCUACCGAGCACCCGGGAGCCCCGCCGCAGCCACCACCGCCUCAACAGCAGCAGGCGCAGCGGGCUCUGGCGCCCCCCUCGGCGCGCGCAGUUGCCAUAGAGACGCAGCCGGCCCAGGGCGAGUUGGAUGCAGUUGCCCGGGCAACGGGGCCGGCGCCCGGGCCCAGCGGCGAACGUGAGGCGGCUACUGCCCCGGGCCGGAGUGGGCCAGGCCCCGGCCUGGGCUCCGGCUCUACCUCCGGUCCAGGCCCCGCGGACUCGGUGAUGCGGCAGGACUACCGCGCCUGGAAGGUGCAGCGGCCCGAGCCCAGCUGCAGGCCGCGCAGCGAGUACCAGCCGUCCGACGUACCCUUCGAGCGCGAGACCCAGUACCAGAAGGAUUUCCGCGCCUGGCCACUGCCGCGCCGCGGGGACCAUCCGUGGAUCCCCAAGCCCGUGCAGAUCCCAACUUCCUCCCAGGCUUCCGCGCCUAUUUUCAGUGCUCAGAGGCGCCGGCCGCAGAGCCAGGAGCGUUGGCCCAUGCAGGCCGCCAUUGAAGCCACGGAGCAAGAGACGGCCCCUGGAGGAGUAGGUGGCCCCGCGGCGGGAAAGGCAUCUGGUGGGGACGAUCGCGACACACGCAGGAAGGCCGGGCCCGCCUGGAUGGUGCGACGGGCCGAGGGGCAGGGGCACGAGCAGACGCCACUGCCCUUGGCUCAGGCCCAGGUCCAGGCCAUCGGCCUGGAGAGUGUCAAGGGGCGCGCAGCAGCGGACGCUCUCAACCGGCAAAUCAAAGAGGAGACGGCGAGCGCAGUGGGCAGCUCCUACAGGAAUGAAUUCAAAGCAUGGACGGACAUCAAGCCUGUGAAACCAAUAAAAGCCAAGCCCCAGUACAAGCCCCCAGAUGAUAAGAUGGCUCAUGAAACCAGCUAUAGUGCCCAGUUCAAAGGGGAGGCCAACAAGCCAACAGCAGCUGACAAUAAGGUCACUGACCGCAGAAGAAUACGCAGCCUCUACAGUGAACCUUUCAAGGAACCCCCAAAGGUGGAGAAGCCUAGUGUUCAGAGUUCCAAACCAAAAAAGACCUCAGCAAGCCAUAAGCCCACGAGGAAGGCCAAAGAUAAGCAGGCGGUGUCGGGCCAGGCCGCCAAGAAAAAGAGCGCAGAGGGCCCCGGUUCCACCAAGCCCGAGGACAAGGAGCAAAGCAAAGAGAUGAACAAUAAACUGGCUGAGGCGAAAGAGAGCCUGGUCAAACCUGCCAGUGAUUCAAGUAAGAAUCGAGGUCCUGUAGCCACAGAGCCAAACAAGGAUCAAGGUCCUGUGGUCCCAGGCCUUCUGAAAGGUCAUGGUCCUGUGGUCCAAGAGCCUCCAAAGGAUCAAGGUUCUGUAGUCCCAGGGUCUCUGAAGGAUCUAAGUCCUAUGACUCCAGUACAAGUCAAGGAUCAAGACCAUGUGGUCCAUGAGCCUGUAAAGAAUGAAGGUUCUAUGAUCUCAGCACCAGCCAAGGACCAAGUUCCUUUGGUCCCAGUGCCUCUAAAGAACCAAAGUCCUAUGGUUCCAGCAAGAGUUAAGGAUCAAAGUCCCAUGGUACCAGAGUCUCUGAAGGGUCAAAGUCCUGUGCCCCCUGAGCCUGUGAAGAAUCAAGUCCCUGUGGUCCCAGCACCUGUUAAGGAUCAAGAUUCCAUGGUUUCAGCAUCUGUCAAGGAUCAAGGUCCCAAGAUCCCAGAACAUCUGAAGAAUCAAAGUGCCACAGCACCUGUAAAGAAGGAAGGUCCUGUGGUAUCUGAGUUUAUAAAGAAUCAAAGUUUUGUGGGUCCAGAGCCAGUCAAGGAUCAAAAUGUAGUGAUCCCAGAGCAUCUGAAGGUUCAUGAUUCUGCACCCAUGGCACCUAUAAAGAAUCAUGGUCCUGCAGUCCCUGAGUCUGUGAAGAAUCAAAGCCCUACUGUCCCAGCACCAGUCAAGGAUAAGGAUCCCAUAAUUCCAGAGCCUCCAAAGAAUCAAGGUCCUGUGGUCCCUGAGCCUAUAAAGAAUCAAGUUCCUAUAAUCCCGGUGCCUCUGAAGGAUAAAGAUUCCUUGGUGCCAGCACCAGCAAAGGACCAAGGUCCUACGGUCCCUGAACCUCUUAAGACUCAAGGUCCCAAGGGCCCUCAGCUGCCUAGUGUCUCACUUCCUCCCCCAGUUGUGAUCCCAACUGUCCCCCAUGCAGAAUAUCUUGAGGGUUCCCCUUGA